AUGGCUGAAGUACCAGGGGCCAUUCCCAUUCUUGGAGAGAUUGUUGAGCGAACAGUUGUGGAAGGCACAGAUGUUAUGGUUGAUGCUACUUCCAACAGCAGGAAUAACACAGGCGGUUAUUCUUCACUUCGUCCUAUUCAGGCCACAGUUGGAAGGGCUUUUCCAUCACCGCACCCCAACCGUUUUUACGGUCAGCAGAAGAAGAAUGGACAUUCUCAACAAGUGAAGGAAACUAUUUCUAUAAAUACUACUAGUACUACUACUAUAACCAGUGCUGCUGCUGGUGGUAGUGUUAAUGAUUCUGUUGGAUUUACUGCUCAUGUGCAGCCGAUACCAAAUAAUAGUGAAAAUUCUACAGGGAUGGGUUUAGGCGAAUGUACUGGAGUUAUGACUUCAAUGGUGCAUCAACAUCAAUGGGAACCAAAGGAAUUUGAUGAUUUGGAAAGAGGUUACUACACUGUUCCACUUGCUUCUAGUGUGAGUGAGACUUCAACUACACAAAAUCUCUCUAAUGUGAUUCAAGGUGAAGCUUACGUGGAGCUACUUCUUAAAUUUCUUCGCAGUACCGUUCGCAAGCAUCGAGAGUGUGCUACAACCGCUUUAAGAGCACGACUCUUGAUAGACCCAAAAUUAAGAGAACGCUGUGCGUUUGGUCCUGGUUGCGCACAGUUGGUGCGUCUCAUCAUCACAGAAAUAUCUGCUGGACAUAUUGUUCCAUGUACAAUGGCUGCGGAAUGCCUUAUUUUACUCUUUUACGAUGCCGCUGGAGAAAUAACGGAGGCCGUUGGUGAGAUUGGUACACCUCCAACAGAUGCCUCUACCACAACUAGUACUGCUCCUACUGGUGUUGCAUCCACAUCUGAAAACGAUAAAGAUAUUCGAUAUGAUGAGUCUUCCUUUGCAGAGCUUUCGGAAUGGAUGCGGAGUGGUGAAGAGAGGGCGAGAGCACUGGAACAAUUAGGAUUAACAGGUGUUGUGAUAGACGCACUGCCGUUACUUCCCCCGCAGCUUGCCGCCCGUCUUUUGCUUGGUAGUGGAGUACUUCUGUUGCCAUCUGUGGCUAUUCGUGUAGCGUCAGAUCCACGUUUUGCACACUUUGUAAAUGAACGAAUGGGAAGUGUGGUGCUUGGAAAGAUAAGACUUGAGGAAGUAACAGAGGAAUUACUGCUACUGCGUCGUAUUUUACAUAUAAGAGAAGCAUGUACGGCUUUGCUUCCGUUACUACAUGAGACAUUUGUACUCUUUCUCCGUUAUGUGUGUGCUGUGCCUGUUUCGGAGAUUCACUCUAUUUCUGAAGUGAUUGCUUGCCUUUCGGCAUUCCUUAUACUUCGAGCUUUGAUGCGACAAGGUCUUUUUGGUGUUUUCUAUGAUAUCAGUGAUGCACUUUUGCCUUCUAAAGGAGUAGGGGUAUGUAUUCCAGCUGAGAUGUGGCUUCUCAUGACGGCUGGUACUCAUUAUGAUGAUGAUAAUGAUGAUGAUAAUCGUAAUAGUAAUAGUAAUAAUACUGGAUCAACACAACACAUGUCAUCAUCACAAACUAUGACGAGAUUUGGUGGGGAAUUAGCCCGUGAUGCGAUCUCUGCUAUUUCGACGCACAUUGAAGUUGUUGAGAGAUGUGUAGUGGAUGAGGCUUCAGUAGGGAAUUGUGCCUCAUUACUUACCGCAUUGACAUCUAUGCAUUACUUAGCAACCUAUUUCACUGUUUAUGGAGGUUUAGAAGAGGUAAUGAUAUUACUUGGAUCGGCAACAGAGACAAAGCGUACUGUACAACAGCUGAUGGCGAAGAGUGUUCUCACAUCAGAAGGUUUGCAACGUGCUUUUAUUCGAUUAAGCAAUAAUCAAAAUAGGAACUUAUCUUCUUCUCCCUCUUCUAAUACUAUUACUACUACUACUACUACUACUACUAAUAUACAGUAUUGCGGUGUACUUGAGACUAAGGCCUUUCAAGAGUCUUGCUGGGCUUCACUAACACAUGCUCGAGUUCGUCUGGCUGCAGCAGUGGGAUCAGAUCUCACCUUCUUUGGAACGGAGUGUGAUGCCAUAAUGGGUUAUCUUGCUGCUUUGGCUCUUAGUUUCGAAGAUAAAUGCAUGCAUCUCAGACAAGUAAUUGGUCAUCUCCUUCCAGAUGAAUUAUGUACAAUGAUUGAGAUUGUUCAGUUUAUGCAUCAACAGGCACAUACCGUAUCGGAUGGAAAAGAGCAGAGAUACAAACGUGAGGCAUAUAUUGCAGAAAUAUUCGUCUUGCAUAGUAUCGCAUUAACGAAACACGGUAUGGACGCUGCUAGUAAAAUCAUAAAGUCUAUUCUUGGAAUUCCUGAUAAUGUCGAUCUAAGUAUGGAUCAAGCACAAACACAAACACCACUAGCAACAACAACAACAACAACAACAACAACAACAACAACAAAAGAAAAAGAAGAAACAUUCAUAUCACCAUAUCUAGUUGAAUUAGGGAUGAGUUUAUGCCGUGCGGUGGUACAAAGUCAAUGGCCAUGGUUUCUUUUUCCACUUUAUGAUGAGGAGUUUAUCAACAAGUCCGCAUGGAGUGCUUGGCUACAGAGGACCCUUGGAGUACAUCAACGUAUGAAAUAUCUCUUACAAUGGGAUUUGAUUCUAUGCCACCUGCUAAAAUGGGGAGUUUCACAUCGUGAGAUAGUGCGGGAUUGGCAAAAUCCUUCAAAAAAUAAUAAUAAUAAUAAUAAUAAUAAUAAUAAUAAUAAUAAUAAUAAUAAUAAUAAUAAUAACGAUAAGAACGCCAUGAGAGAUGAUAACGAUCACUAUGCUCUUUUAAAUCUCUUGGAAACCUUAUACGCUGGGGUAUUACCACAGGCAGGCGUGGGCCUCAGUGCCUCUGCCUCCGAGACACUAAAGGCUCUCACGGCCUACGCCUCUCCACAUGCGGAGGAGUCCAUGACUCAAUCUCUCUUUGAGGCCUUAACCAUCACGGCCACAGCCGCUGAUCCAUCAGUAGUAGUUGCCAUUGUUCGACUACUUUCUCAUACAAUUCUUGAAGGAAAUGCGUAUUCAUGUAGUGAAAUUCAUUUGGAUACUUCUGAGGUGCAAUCAUCUUUUAGAGGUGAGGGACUAUUGAAACGAUGGGCGGCAACAGGACGUUUGAGUGAUGCCGCACCUAAACGAGGUGUUGUAGAGUGGGAUUUGGAAAAUUUUGUGGAGUUACUCUUAUUAUUACAAUCACAGGAAAUGAUAACAAUGCCGUGUGAUGACUCUACUGUGUGUAUAGAGAAUGGGAAUGCUAUUUCAAUGCUGCGACUGUUGGUGGAGGGAAUUGCGGUGGAGUAUUUGCAACAACACCAGCCACUCUCUGCGUUUGAGCGUGAGGUGUUAACGCAAACAAGGGAGGAGGCAUCAUGGUGGCCGGCGUGCUUGUGUGAGGAGAAUCUUGGUGGAUCCCACUGUAUUUCACACUGA